AUGUCGGGCUACAACUACGGUCCGCCGCCGCCGCCCCCUCCAGCAGCACAGGCUAGCCAUCCUGGGUACGGACACCAUAACACCCCUUAUCAACAACAUUCUCGAGGCGGUGGUGCUCAUGCUGCUCGGGGCGGGCGUGGCGGCUACCAAUCGAGUGGCCGUUCCGAAUACCCCCCGGCCCCUCAGCCUCAGUACGAGUAUGGUCGACAACAACAGCAACCGUAUCCUCAGCACAGUCCUGGCUAUCCCGCUCAGCCUCCCACUGCCAAUAACUAUCCUCCCCAGCAGCAGUGGCACCAGGACCACGCCCAUGGUGCGCCUCAGCAUGGUGCUCCCCAGCAUGGCGCCCAUGCCCCCGCGCCGCUGUCGACUACCAACUACCACCCGAACUAUGCUCCUCAGAUCUAUGCGCACCCGCAACACCCUCAGCCGCCGCCUCAUCAGCCAGGAUAUGGGCCUCAGCAGCCUCCGCAGCCCUACAGUCAGCCUUAUGCCGCGCCCGCACCAUACACCGCUCCGCAACCAUGGGCGGGUCACGACCCUCACGCUCCAAGCCAGUAUGGUGCGGCUCGUGGCCGAGGCGGCUACGCAAACGACCGAGGCGGCUCCCGAGGAGCCCAUAACGUGGGUGCACCCGCGCCAGUAGCCUACGGUAGUGAUGGGAUGCACCACCAAGCGAAUGGUGCAUACGGCCAGCCGUACGGAGAUCCACGCGCUCAACCUGUGCCAUACCAACCCCCAGCACAGUACCCGUACCACGCACCCCCUCCUGCACCUCACGCUUCGGUUCCUCCACAGGAACCGUUUUACAAACACGAUGGACAGGCAGGACGUGGCCGCGGUGGUCAUCGCGGUGGCAAUCCUCGAGGUCGAGGCUCAUUCCAUGGCAAUGAUAGGGGCCGUCAUCGUCCACAGGGCAAUCACAACCACCGCCAAGAUGGCGGUGGUUCUCAUCACAAGCAUGACAACGCGGCAUCGGGCAAGAAGAAGAAGCGCAAGACCAACACCCUUGGUCUCACCCCGGGCCAAGACUCGGAAUCCGAAGACGACGAGAUGGAGGAGGAGACGCUCCGCAAGCUCAUUGGAGCAGAUGCCUUACAGGUCAAUGAUAUUGACGCUUACAUCGCUGAGCGGAAGAAGCGCUUUCCUACUGCCGCGCGAGUCAAGGCCAAGAAGUCUGCCGAGACCACGCAAGGAAGCGGCAACAAGAUUUCAUCUGAUUUGGAGAAAGAAGAGAACCUUGCCAGCAAGCUACGAAGGCAGUUGGAGAAGGUCGAAUCGUCUAUCAAGCGCAAGCGUGAACAGCAAGACGAGGGCGAUGAGAUGAGAGACAGCCCUUCCAUUGACAUCAAGUCUGAAGAUGACGAGCCGGAAGUGGCGUCAAGUCGUGUUCAGCCAGCCCCCCCUCCACCCCCUCCGGCGAAGAAGGCAGACAUCUCAAAGCAUUGCAAGUAUUACUCUACGGGAGGUACUUGCGGCAAGAAGGGCAAGUGCCGCUUCGUCCACGAUCCCGCUGUCAGAGAAGCAGCCAUGAAAGAGCGAGAGGCAAACAACGGCCAUCUCACUAUCCAGCAGCGUUUGAUUCUCAACGACAAGGACCAGGAAGACCUCACUGUUCUGCAGUCGAUUCAGUACCUGAGAGAGAAAGGUUUGAUGAAACCUGAAGAUAAGCCUGAAGGUUCCAAUGGGCAUCAUGCAUCUGGUGGCUCCCAAGCUUCCCAGUCUCAAUCACGCCAAAAGUCCAGCAGUCUUCCAGCCGCACAUGCUUCUCUUCCGGCACCGCCCGUGAAGCAUCACAAUGGGCUUCCUCCGCACAAGCCGCCUCCCUCUGCAUUGUCGACAGGCAAUGGAGGACCCACAGUUCGAUACAAAGGCUGGAAUCUGAGCGGAUAUGGGAACUCAGGUCUCAAGUCGGAAGAUCUCCCAUAG